CAAUGUAGAUAAUCGAAUUGGCUUCGGGGAUAGAAUGUACGGGCAGAGGUUUGCUAGGAAAAAGAGGAAGACAAGUGACAGUGGAGGUGGGAGCUUGGUAGGAGCUGCGAGUUUGGAUUCCCAUAUGGAUUUUGAAAGCCCUGAAGUGCUUCGCAUCAUGUUUGAAUCUUCAUGGGGAAGGAGAUACUGGGCUGCUCGGUUUUUGUAUUCGAUUUUGGUGUACAUGUCAAGGUCCAGCCUGCAAUUGACUGAACUUUCUCAAUUCCUUGACUCAGAUCCCAUCUGCAUUGUUUUUGGCAUGCCUGGUAUUAGUUUUCCUGGGUUCAUUCUUCUACCGUUGGCUUGGGAGUUUGCAAGUUUUUUGAGAGCAAGGAGUACAUGCCAAUGUUUUCUGUGGACUUUUCUGCAGUUCCUCUAUGUUUCAUGCACAUGCACUCCAAUAUGCACUUUAAAUACAUUUUUCGGCCAAUUCUUCCUGUAAACCAUUUGAAUGAUGAGCAAGUAGAUGAUGAUGAUGAUGAUGUUAAUCAGUGUGGCAGUGAGAGUGACAAGUGCGUAGUCUUGCAUGAGGUUGACCACACUGACAACAGACCAUUACAUCCACUUGUAAAAGUUCCCAAAUUAGGUUGUAAAAGCACAAUGAUGUAUAGGAAUGGUUUAGGUUCAAGGGCCGGUAUUCAAAAGAGGAGGAGUUCACUUAGGAGGAGGAGAUCUUUUGUUGCUAUAUGGAAACAUAGUGGAGCUUUGGUUUCAGAACUGAGGAGCAUUAAGAAGAAUGGUCUUUCUUAUUCUUCUGUAGCCUUGAAUCAGAAGCUUCGGAGGUCAGACUCAACUUGCUCUGCUAAGAACUCAAAAGCAGAUAGGUUGGUCCUAGAUUUUGAUUCAACAUGCUGCUCCGCUAACUUAUUGGUCUCUGAAUCAGACAGAUGCUAUAGGGAAGUUGGUUUAACCAUUAUGCUAGAAGCCUCUUCUUCUGGAGAGUGGCUCCUUGUGGUCAAGAAAGAUGGAUUAACGCGACUUACCCACAAAGCUGAGAAAGAUAAAGUGAUAAGGCCGGGCUCCAACCGUUUUACACAUGAUAUUAUCUGGUCUCCAGAUAGUGAUAUUUUGAGGCUAGAGUUUCCGGAUCGAAGUCAGUGGAUUACUUUCAAGGAGCUUUACAAGGAAUGUUCUGAUCGUAAUGCUGCAAUUGAGUUCAUUCCUGAACCAGCUUCUGACCGUAAUGCCCCUGCGAAAUCCAUUCCUGUGCCAGGGGUGCGUGAAGUCCCAGGGUAUGCAGAUACCCACAGUUUACCGUUUCUCAUACCGGAGUCAUACAUAUCUGUGAAGGAGGAUGAGGUGUCUAGAUCCUUUGCAAAGAAGACUGCGAAUUAUGACAUGGACUCUGAAGAUGAGGAAUGGCUGAAGAAGCUCAACGAGGACUUUGAACUUCAUGAUCAUGUUUCUGAGGAUAAAUUUGAAUUAAUGGUUGAUGCCUUUGAGAAGGCAUUUUACAGCAAACCAUAUGAUUUUUCUGAUGGAGUUGCUACUGCUGGGCAUUUUCUGGACAUGGGGAAGAGGGAAGUUGUAGAAGUUGUAUAUAGUUAUUGGAUGAAUAAAAGGAAGCAGAAAAAGUCUUCAUUGCUUAGGGUCUUCCAGGGGCAUCAAGUGAAAAGGCCACUGCUGGACUCAAAGCCUGUAAUGCGCAAGAGAAGAUCAUUCAAACGACAACCGAGUCAAUGUGGCAGAGGAAAACAACCAAGUUUCUUGCAAGCAAUGGCUGCUGAACAAGAUGCUUUGCAAGAACAAAAUGCUGUGCUUAAAGUGGAAGAGGCAAAAGCGGCAGCAGACAGAUCUGUGGAUUUAGCUAUCCGCAAACGACAGAGAGCUCAGGAAGGAGCGCAGCCUUAAUGCCCUAUAUGGCUGUUUUUGAAGCCUUUGGAAGAACAAGUGUUGGAUUAGUAUGAUUUUGUAUAGGUUUUGAUUGAAUGUACAUUCUGUAUUAUUAUAACCUCACACCAUUACCAAUAGUGUAUAAUUUGACUU